AUGAGACAAUGUCAAUUCUCCUCCGCGCUCAACGUCAUUUCUACGGAAACUAGUAUGUGAAAACCACAUAUAUAUCCGCCCAACUCCUUGGAAUCUCCUCCCCUCGUUCGUCCAUCCCCUCCCCGCCCGUCUCGGUCCCCAAUGGCAUCUCAUGUUCACACAGUUGGCCUGGUGCCUGCUCGUUUUUUACUCACCCGUAGCCUCCCCUUCCCCAUACUCUCCACCCCACCGAGCAAAAGCUAAAGCAGACAUCACCAGCCGCGACCGCCACAUGGACCCUUCCACUCGGUGCGUACCUGCUCCUCCUCUCCACGCGAGUCGCACUGGUCCGUCGCCGCACAAAAACUUACAAUGGCGACCACGUUGCCGUAAGCCAAAACGAUCUCGGCGCGAAAAAUAAAACCGAACUGGGAAAGACAGAGUUUGGAAAGACCGAGAUGUCCUGCGACGAGGGUCCGCAGAACGGUGACCCCUUGUCCUUGGCUAGGUGGUGUUUGGGGAACUACCUGAAGACAGCGCCGAUGGCCAUGGCUCUUGCCGCGAUUGCAGAGUUGAAUGGGGGGAACAGGAGGUUGGUGAAUUAUGCACUUGGAGCAUUGUUUAUGGGAAAGGUGGCGCAGAUGUGAGUCCUCCCAUAGCUGUAAGGGUGGGCAUAGUAACGACGAAAGCGGGGGACUGAUUGUCUGAUAGCGAGUUUGGGUUGAUGAGGAAAGGAACCCAGGGGGGAGGUCGUACCGCAGGAUUCUUGGCUUCCCAAGGAAUUCUGGCUGGAAUGGCGGGUUAUUGCGCCUAUUUGGUUCGGGAUUAUUGGGGGUUGUAGGCUCUAGGGCGAUAUAGGCUUGGAGGAGUGGGUAACCCCAAUAGAAAUUUUCCAUAGUAUGUGCAGCUUGAGUAUGAUAUGAUAUGAUACGUCACUCCCAAAAUGUAGGCACCGAGACCUCCAUCAAACCGCCCUAAAACUCCGCACCCGGAAAGAAAAGCUCCCCCCUUACCACACAGACCCGCCCUCCCUAUCGCCAAGAAAGCAUUAUAUGGAUCAGAAUCAAAUCGCAGCCAUUAAACACCCUCACCUCGUCUCAAAUUCCACCGCUCCUCCACCUCCACCUCCGCCUCCCCCUCAGCCCACACCAAUCCGCUCCUCUCUCAACCUUCUCGUCCUCGCCGAAUCCAACUUCGACACCUACGACCUCAUAACAUCCCAAAACCUCUUCAAUGAACACCUGGCUCUCUUCCCGCACCCCCGCGCAAUAAUCCACUUCAACCUUGCCGCAAUCCACUUACUUCUCUCUUCUCCGCGGGAAGCCCUCUCGUCCCUGCGCACAGCCACGUCGAUCGAUCCCUACCUUGCCGUCGCACAAUACCAACUCGGGGCGCUGUUCCUCCACUUUGGCGACCUCGGCGCUGCCCGGAAAGCAUACCAGAGCUGCCGCAAUAUCAUGUGUGGUGAGGCGGUAGAUUACGAGCAGGUUGGAAUGAAGUUUGUGCUCUGGCCGGAGAUGGUUAAUCGAGGCCUGGAGGCAUGCGAAGGGAUCGUGGGAAAGCUGGGAAGUGUUCCCGCCGGGAUUUUGUUUCGAGUUUGUGAUCGCAAGGCUCGUGUCAGGAACAUGGGGGUUAGGAGGGGUAGCUGGGCGUUUGGCGAGGAGGGGAGGGUAUUGGCAGUUGGGGGGCCUGGCAUUGCGAUUGACCGUAGAGGUUUAAACGACAAGCGGGAUGGAAGUGUGAAAGGUUUCUUCGGAGAGGAUAGUGGAAGGAUGGAGAAAGAGAAGGAGAGGGAAGGGAAGGCUAAGGGUGUUUUAAAGUGGUUCAGAAGAAAGUAG